GGGAAUUUCUUUGCUUUUUGUCCAGAAGCGCAUUUACCUCGUUCGCUCCAUCCAUUUGAAAAUCUCGAGAUGGAAAAUAAUCAAUGAAAAUGUUCAUCUCUACCGCUAUCUACAGGUCCUAGAUACUCGUGACAAGUUUUUUAACUAUUACUUUAUGACACUCUGUCCCAAUCCUCCCAAUCUUUCGUUCCUUUCAUUUUUGGUAUUGAUGUGACGCCAAUGAGGGCGAAUGAGAGCGUGAAGGAACGACAGGGAGGACAUCGAAACUAUUCAAAAGGCGAAUGCAAUAGACAACGUACCAUUCUAUAUCGGGAAUAUUUGAGACACGCGUAUUUUCAUCAAAGAAACGAGUUAUGACGACUAUUCGGAGUGUAUCCUGUGGUUUGGACUUUUCCGUGGCACCUGAUUUAAACAACUGUUUAACGGCAGCUUCUUCGUCUAAGUUUGAUUUUAUUAGUGUACCGCUGGUUCAUCCAAUGUUUAAAAGGGAAUUCAUCUCCGGUAAGGCAAAGGAACGCCCAGGGCCUUUUACCAGGUCCGACAUGAUUCUCUGCAGUUCCGAUUGGAAUAAUUUAGUCAUUGGCAAGAUUUCACCUUACAUCAAAGUCGAUUGCAAACAUCUUCCAACGAGAAAAAAUCAUGAGGAAAUGUUACUUCAAGAAAUGGCUCUUGCCAAUCAUUUGGGUCUUCCUGCGAUUACUUUAAAAUUAACUGGAAGUAUAGAGAAAAAUAUAAACCUCGCUAGGAUACUAUUCGAUAAAAUGGCAUCUGCUUGCAAUUUCCAGGUUUGGAUUCAAGUUCCUAUGGAGAAUCCUUUCAAACAGGUGCAAACUCAUAGAGAUCAGGACGAGGUUCUAGUCGAAAGCCCUUGGGAGUGGUGGAAUGCAUUUAGGAUGGUUUGUGAUUUCGAUAGAAAACUUGGCGUGGCGCUUCUUGUAAGCCACGAUCUACCUGAACAAGAAGAGAUCGAUAGAUGGUUAGGGGAACCAGUGAGGUGUCUGGUGUUGCCUACGUCAUUAUUCAUUAGUAACAGAAAGGGUUACCCUGUGCUCAGUAAGGGUCACCAGGCGCUCGUUAAAAAAUUUUGCACUCUUGAAAUACAAUUCAUUUUGACAGGUGCUAAUAAUUAUCAGAGUAUCAGCUUUUACUAUACUUAUCUGGAUUAUUUAUGGAAGGGUUGCCAGAUUAACGGUCCUGUUGAGAGAUUCGCACGUGGUUACGAGGAUUAUCUGCAAUGCCCAUUACAACCAUUGAUGGACAAUCUGGAAUCACAGACGUACGAAAUAUUUGAAAAAGAUCCCAUCAAGUACACUCUCUAUCAAAAUGCCAUCUACGAGGCGCUUGUCGAUUUAUCUAAGAAAGAAGAGUAUUUCAAUAAAACAAUAGUAGUAAUGGUAGUCGGCGCUGGGCGAGGCCCUCUGGUACGUGCUUCUCUGAAUGCGUCCGAUAACUCAGGAACUCAUAUAAAGGUCUAUGCAGUGGAGAAGAAUCCAAACGCGGUAUUGACUUUACAGUCCCUGAAGAGAGACAUGUGGGGUAACAAAGUGACGGUGGUUUCCUGCGAUAUGAGGAAAUGGAAGGCCCCGGAAAAAGCAGAUAUACUUGUGUCCGAGCUGUUAGGUUCUUUCGGUGACAACGAGCUGUCCCCUGAAUGUCUGGAUGGUGUCCAGCAAUUUUUGAAAGACGGUGGGAUAAGUAUACCUUCAUCUUACACAUCUUACAUCAGUCCGGUCCAAUCGCCAAAGCUAUACAACGAGGUGAGACAGUGUAAAGAGAAGGACAAGCACCCAUUGGCACAUUACGAGACACCUUACGUCGUGCAUCUUCAGAAUAAAUACGACAUUGCGAAGCCGCAGUCGCUCUUCACGUUCAAUCACCCAAACAGAGAGAGCAUCAUUGACAAUUCGCGAUACGCAGGGAGGAAGUUUAAGGUCCAGCAAAAUUCAAUACUGCACGGGAUAUCGGGAUACUUUGACGCUACUUUGUACAAAAACAUUAAACUGAGUAUCGAACCAAGUACCCAUAGUCCCAGCAUGGUCAGUUGGUUUCCAAUAUUCUUCCCAAUUGUCGAACCCGUGCAAGUGAAGGAAGGGGACGAAAUAGACGUGCAUUUCUGGCGUCGUUGUAGUACAAAGAACGUCUGGUAUGAAUGGUGCAUCAGCAAACCGAAGCCCCUGGCGAUGCACAAUCCGAACGGACGUUCGUACACGAUUGGAUUGUGAUCGGACCGCGCGUUAUAAUAAUUAUCCAAAGUGUCUUGCAUCGCGGAAACGCACAAUGAGAAUCCGGAUGUCGGCCGGAAGGCAAUUCCGAGUCGGGCGUCGAAAGUAUGGCUGUCGAUUACUUUGGUACUUUAACGAACCUAAAGAGGACGGCACGAUUUAGCCGUUAACGGCGUUACUUCCGCUUGGCGAGUAUAUUCUAAGACUAUUUCCGAAUUUUACAGAAAAUACCCGAGCUGUGAAAUCGAUUGACUCGAUCGAAGGAGAAACAGCCUUUAAUAAAAAGGAAAAAUGAUAA